CCCGCAGCGCUGAAGGAGCAGCUGGACAACAGGCUCUUCGGGCAGCACCUGGCCAAGGAUGUGGUGCUGAAGGCGGUGAUGGGCUUCAGCAACAACCCCAGCCCUAAGAAGCCGCUGAUGCUCUCGCUGCACGGCUGGGCUGGCACCGGCAAGAAUUUCCUCAGCCAGAUCCUGGCGGAGCACAUCCAUCCCGCCGGCCUGCGCAGCAAGUUCGUCCAUCUCUUCCUGGCCACGCUGCACUUCCCUCACCCCGACCAGGUCAAGACCUAUAAGGAACAGCUGCAGAAUUGGAUUCGGGGCAACGUCAGUGCCUGUCCCUCCUCUGUCUUCAUUUUUGAUGAGAUGGACAAAAUGCAUCCAGGUCUCAUUGAUGCCAUCAAGCCAUUCCUGGACUAUUACGAGGAGGUCGAUGGGGUGUCCUACAGGAAAGCCAUCUUCAUCUUCCUCAGCAAUGCAGGUGGUGACUUAAUUAAUAAAGCAGUUCUUGAUUUCUGGACAAGUGGAAAGCGCAGGGAAGAUAUUCAGCUGAAAGACCUGGAGCCCAUGCUGUCUGUAGGAGUUUUCAACAACAAGAAUAGUGGACUGUGGCACACCAGCCUCAUUGACAGGAACCUCAUUGACUACUUUGUCCCCUUCCUGCCCCUGGAGCACAGGCAUGUGAAGAUGUGUGUCAGAGCCGAAAUGACAGCGCGUGGCUACGCUGUUGAUGAGGGCAUUGUUCAAGCAGUGGCUGAUGAGAUGACUUACUUCCCCAAGGAGCAGAAAAUCUACUCUGAUAAAGGCUGCAAGACUGUACAGGCCAAGCUGGAUAUUCAUGAAGACCUUGUGAUCAGAGAUAGAAAAACCAAGGGUUGA